AUGUCCAAGUUCCUUCCGCGCCAGGCAACCAGAGACGCGACAGUGACAAUGGACCGAACCUCAGAAAGUAUCCUAGAGAAGGGUCUUGGCCUGAUGACCAGGCCCACGCCUGCCAACGAGGACUCACCAGGAGCCCUUGAGAAGGCCGCAGACGUUAGCUUGCUGCUCUAUGGUCUGACCACCGGCCUCCACUACUGGAAGCGCGCCCAUCCACCCGGUGAGACCAAGUCACGCUUCGACACGGUAGUCGGAAUCAUUGCUACCAUUGCCAGCGGUAUCGGGCUCGCCGCCAUGUUUCUCGGCGAGAUUGUUCGGAUCUGGUCAGGUCAAAGAACGCCUCGGCGAGAAUGA